UCGAAUGCUGCGCAGACCACACGAAAGUACGAAACUCGUCUCUUGGCCGCGCGCGUGACAUUCUUUGUUCGUAGCAUCAUGUGUGAUAUAAAAGACGCAUUACCGACAUUGUGCGAAUACAUUAACUCGUUGAUAAACACAGGUUUAACACCCGAGCAUCUAAGGCUGGCCAAGUAUAACGCUCCGGACGAAAUCGUCGCUGAGAAGCUGUGGAGCACACUGCGCAUUCUGAGCUACCACGCCGCGAGAGAGAAACGAGACGACAUAGAUUUCCGAAAUUACGACGCUCCGUCGGCGGUGAAGCUGCAUCUCGCACUCUUACAAUACCCAGUGAUCGAAUUCUACAGCUUGUCGCAAGACGGCGAACAUAAUAGAGAUGCGUUGAUAGCCUUAGCUUGGCUGCUGGGAACACAGGAUGUCCUCACUGCCAUCCUUCGAGCGAAACUGGCCGAUGGCGUCCUAGGUGCCGAAUGCUCACAUGUAGAUUCAUCGGAACCUCCAUCGUUAAUUGCCGUACCAAACAAUCAGCCGUUAUCAACAAGCGCCCAGCUUAGCAGUAUCCUGCACUUGAAUGCCACAGUAAAUCUAAACUUGCGGGAGAUCAAUGAAUUGAUCCGCGAGCGGGCUAAAUUAAUAUCUAAAGUGCACGCGGCAAGCAUCAACGUAAGUGGUCUACCGCACUUGAGCGUGUCUGAAUUAGUGUUGACGAAACGCCUCAGUAGAACGCGCAUCCUCGACGAUGGAGGAGAUGGAAGCUCCGAGAACGAUCGGCGACGGCUGCGAGAAUUCCGCGAGGCCGGAAUUCUGCUCGACGUGCGCGCUAAGUGGCUGCGGAAGCGGCACGUGUUUUUCGACUGGAUGGCUACGGUGAUUCAAGAGCACAAGAGAUCUACAGAAUUGAAUCCGAGAGUAAUCAAUACGCGGGAACUUGCUGCGUUUAGCUCGCUGUUACGUCACUUAAUUAGAGACAAACUUCGAGAUUUCAAAUCCGAGAAGACGGUAGAUGGCGAUGGUUCCAGGAACUGGUCCUUGAAUUGCCCGUCUCGCGCGCACAGAAGUCAAUGUAAUAACGCGGAGGCGCAGAGCUGGUUGGACGAUUUGAACGAGCGCCAAGACCGUGAGGAGAAAAAUUUUCAACGAAAUAGACAACGACUGGCCGACGAAUUGGAGCAAAUGUUGAAACUGAUACCGUCUGUUGUUCGCGUUUGACCGAUAUGUUAUUAUGUAUCAUUUCAUAGACGUUUACAUCAUAUAAAAAAUAAUUAUUUAUUAUUACACAAUAAUAUUUCAUUACUUAUCAUCACUU